GUCACCACUUCUGGCUGUGGAUGCGGAACAACAAGCAGCUACCUCUUAUACAAGAGACAAACAGAAGGAAGGUGCGGUGGACUUUGAGCGUUCAAAGCACUGUCUGUGCUUCUCGGACCUCUGACAAGAGUCCAGUUGGCGGUGUAUAAAACGGCCACGCUCAGACGGAGACGCCAGUCUCGACUGAGUACUCGCCAACCCAGAAGGAGAGAGCUCCAACGAGCCCGCCAUGGGGGACUCUAAGCUCUGUCUUUUGCUGCUCCUCAGUACAGCCUUGGCUUCUGCCCAAGACGGAGAUCAACCAACCUGUCUGCUGGCCCAAAGGUAUAAGCCCCUGCAUAAAUAUGAAUACCAAUAUGAAGCCGAAUCUUUGAAUUCCAUCAAUGGGGCUUCGCAGCUGAAGAAUGGACCCAAGGCCUCCUGCAAGGUUGAGAUCGAAGUGCCACAGAUGUGCAGCUUCAUCAUGUACACAACAGGCUGCAGUCUGAGCGAGGUGGCAGACGCCGGCGCAGACGGCGACCCUGUGUUCCUCCCCGCUGCCAGCUCUGAUGCCUUCGCUGCUGAAAUGGAAAGAUAUCCUCUGAAGUUUGUGGUUGAGGGUGAGUACGACGUGAAGCUGUACCCUACGGAUGGCGAGACAACCACCAUUCUGAACUUCAAGAGGGGUAUUGUCUCUGCCCUGGCUGUUCCUCUGCUGGAGAAAGACAGAGACAGGAACAUGCCCACCAUCCACGGCAAGUGCAGAACCUCCUACACGGACAACGCCAGACAGGACAUCGUCACUGACGUCAGCCUGCACAGGGAUCUGUCCGACUGUGAUAAGUUUGUGCCCAUAAGAGAUCACAACAGCCCUCUGGCACUUAUCACUGGCAUGCACUAUCCCUUGGCUCAGCUGCUCAGGAGCUCUCAAACUUGUAACUACAUUUUUGAUAAUGAGAAAAAACACAUGACCUCUGGUUCCUGCACCGAGGAGCAUCUUUUCAUCCCCUUCUCUCACAAGGGAAAAUAUGGAAUUUCCAACGUUGGAAAGCAGGAGUUGAAUCUGGUUCAGGUUUCUCCUCACAAUGACAGAGUAUUUGAACACGACAACAUUGCCAAGGACCUGAACAUGGACGUCGUUGAGGACAAGAGCGCCAUUCAGGACAAAGACGCGGCCGUGAAUCUCAUGAAAGAACUGGCCAAUUUGCCUGAGAGCGACGGAGAGAAGAGGGCUCACCUUUUCCACACACUCAUCUCCACGGUCCGUGGAAUGAAGACGGAAACCUUGAGGGCUGCCCUUCCUGAGGCUGUCGCCGUGUGCCGCUUCCUGACCUAUCAGGUUCUGGCCCAGUGUGGAACCCCCGAGUGCAGCAGCGCAAUCAUGCAAAUUCUCAGGACCUUCGACACCUCCGACCUCGAGGUCGACGCUGCCGUUUUCGCUUUGGGGCUCAUGUCCAACCCCUCUCCGCUGCUGAUCAAUGACUUGCUGGAGAUGGCGAAAUUCAAACCUAGUAAGCCCAUCAUGUAUGCUCUGAGCAACAUCGUCAAGAGGUUUCACAAAGCUGAAAAAAAACAAAUACCCGAGAUUCACUCUGUUGCUGAGUUCAUGGCUUCGCAGUUGGGCGACUGUUCCGGGGAUGCGGACCACGCUUUCCUGACACUCAGGGUGAUUGGUAAUAUGGCUCCAGCUGUGAUGCCUGUUAGUCCUGCACUGCGUACGGCUGUUGUCCAGUGUGUACAGCAGCCCGCAGCCUCCCAGAGAGUCCAGCAAGCCGCUAUUCAAGUGUACAGGCAGAUUCCAGUCCCGACUGAAGCAAGAGACGCGUUUAUGCAGGUGCUCUUGGACAACAGCAGCGCAGUGCGAAAGCGCAUCGCUGCAUAUCUGAUAAUUAUGAAGGACCCACAGCCGAAUGAGCUCACACAGCUGACCAGUGCUCUGUCCAGUGAGAUGGACCAACAGUUCAUUAGCUUUGUAAUUUCCCACAUGAACAACAUUCUGUCCUCGACCGAGCCAGAGACCGAAGAACUGAGACAGAAGAUUCAGAAUGUCCUGCAAGGUAACAGCAUCGAACCCGAAACGGACCCAAUGAAGUUUUCGCGCAACUAUAAGAUUGGAUUUGUGGAGGGCAACAUGAUUUUUGAGGGUGCCAGCUACUUGCCCAAAGAGGUUAUGCUUGAAAUGACCCUGAGGGCUUUUGGCUUUGAGAUUGACAUGAUGGAGAUUGGUAUGGCGGGCGAAGGGUUUGAACCAACAAUCGAGGCCCUGUUUGGAGAGAAUGGCUUUUUCCCUGACACUGCUUUGAAGACGAUGUACUUUGUGUCUGACAACAUGCCACAAUCAGUCAAUGAGAUCCUAGAGAACAUACCUGCACUGAAGAUGAACAGGAUGAACAGAGAGACUUCCAACUUCCUGAUAAGAGAAAUCGGGGAAAACAUUGAGAAGCUAAUGAAGAAGCUGGAGGGUGCAGAGUCUACGCAAGCAAUGGUUUAUCUGAAACUCAUGGGAAAUGAGCUGGGAUAUUUGAGGAAAAGCGAGAUGAAAGAGAUGGCCUACUCUGCUGGCAUGAUGCUUGACAAGAUGCUCAAGAUGUUUCCACAUAAAAUACUGAGGUCCCUGAUGACUAACCCCAGCACAGCCAUCUUUGCCCACUAUGUCUUCAUGGACAAUGAAUUCUUCCUCCCAACGGUCACCGGAGUGCCUCUCAGGAUUGCACUGUCUGGUACUUUCACCCCUGGUUUCAAAGGUGGACUUCAGAUCGCUCGGGACAUGAGCACAAUGACCUUUAUGCCAUCCGGUGGCAUUGAGUUCGUCACUCAGGUUGGAGCCCACAUCCCUGAAUAUAUCAAUUCUGGACUAGAGAUGCACACCAACAUCUUCCACGAGAGUGGGAUCAGAGCCAAGCUUUCUAUGGGACGUGAUCAACUUAAGCUGAGUCUUCCAGCCCCAACAGACCCUACCAAGCUCAUCAAAAUAACAAACUCCCUUGUGGCUGUUAUCGGAUCAGAAGUGAAGAUGAUUCCUCCAGUGGUGAUGGAUAAAGUCCGUCUAAAUAGGUGCACGCCUGCCUUCGCUGGAAUCAAAUACUGCUCUUCUCUGCAGUACGCCGAUGCAUUCUCUCGUGAGACUGCCCCCUACUUCCCCCUGACCGGUGACAGCAAAUUUGCCUUGGAGCUCCACCCAACUGGAGAAGUUACAGAGUACACAGCCACUGUCGCAUACGAGCUCCUCAAGGAGGGAGAUGAUGGCCAGCAGAAGGUGGACGUGGUGAAGUUCAUCUUUGCAGCUGACGGGGCAGACCCAACUGAAGCACAACUGGUGAUGAAAUACAACAGAAGAGAGAAUGUCAUCACAGCAGACGUUCAGAUCCCUGACGUUGACGUGGAGGUUGGCCUCAGGUUCGGUGUUGCUGAUGAACAAACCAAAGGCAAAGCAACUCAUUCCAUCUUUCUUGACUUCACCAACAAGAAUAUCCCCCAGCUCUCCCUAGUUGGACGUGCUAAUUUGAAGGACAUGAGGGAAAGCAUGCUGCAAGUCCAGCUCCUGGUGCCUGCAAUCAGAGCUGAAUCCACUGUCACUGCUAGCAUGAAACGCGAUGAUGAACUGGAACUGGAGCUUGAGAGUGAAUUUAAGGUCAUGGAUGCCUCCGCUGAGCAGAAAAUUGAAAUCAAAUACGAUGGCAGCAAGAUUGAGCUUGAGUUUGAGUCGGAUGUAAACACAAAAACCACCUCCUUGCCUAAUAGUGACGUCAUUCAGAAGUAUGGCAAUGACAUUCUAGACAUGCAAGUAGCACAGACUGACAUGAAAGUUCGUCAUAUCUUCAAAAAGUUUGUCGAGGCGGCAAACAACCAUAUGGAAAAGUAUGGCGCUGAAAUGCUCCCUUACAUGAAGGACUUCCGACUGCCUAAUAUACCAGAUAUUUCCCUGCCGGAGAAACUCUUCCUAAAUACCAAAUCUAAGGUUGUCUACCAGUUCAACAACAAUCACUUCACUGUCGUAUUCCCACUGCCUUUUGGAGGAAAGACAACAACAGAGCUCAACUUUCCACCAGUUCUGACCACUCCCAGCCUGUCUAUUGCCCAGUUUGGACUGGACAUUGCCUCCAGAGAAAUUCCCAUCCCCGAGCUUGUUGUUCCAGAGAGUUUCACCGUCUCUGUUCCUCUCUUUGGCAAAGUUGAACUUUCAACUUUGAUGAACAGCAACCUUUAUGAUGUGGAGGCAACCCUAGCUGCUGGAAAAGAUGUUGUAGAACCACCUAGCUAUUCUGCACGGUUUGAUGUGAAAGGAACCUCCCCGAUUGAAAUCCUCUCCGUAGCAGUUGAAGGUUCUGGGUUGGUAUCCAUUACUGAAUCCAUCAAGGCUCAUUUAAGAAGCUCUUUAACCCAUAAGUUCUUGGAAGCUAGUUUCAGUACUGAAGAAGAUGGAUUGAUCACGGACAAAAUAACAUUGAACGCAAAGAGCGAAAUAGAAGCCACAAGUCCAUUUGGUCUUAAUGCAAAACUAGAGCACACUAGUACGAGUGAAGUCAGUACUCAAGAAAUGUCCGUCAACAGCAACUUUGAGGGAUCAUUUAAGGCUGGACCAAUCUAUGGCACAACCACUUCAACCCAGGCAAUUUCUGUGGCCCCAUUCAAACCAGAAGUAAAGUUCGAUUCUAAAGUUGAGCUUGACUCAACAAUAUUUAAAGCUGAGAACCAAUUUGCAGCAGCCCUUAGCAAUGGUGAAUUCUCGGUUAGUUUAAACACCAAAGCUUUCGAAGACGUCUUCAAACAUGUUGCAGAACUUUCUUUCAAAGACAGUAAGCUGGUAAUGAACUGUGAUGCCAGCGCUAACGCUCUUGGUCUGAAGAUUCGCAACCAAGCUGAAGCCUCAGCUGGUGCGGGUAAAGCCACCCUAAGAAUAGAGACAAACGGGGACCAUUCAGAUAAUCGUGUGUACUCUCUUCUUUUGUCCACCUUCGGUGCUAAUGGUCUGACAGUAAACAGCAAUGCCAACAUGAAACUUUUUGAGAAUGAAGCUACACAUGAGGCCAGACUGACAAUGAAUAUGGAUGGUUUGAAAACAAGUGGAACAACUACUCUCCAAAGCCCCCUGUCUUUAGAAAACGAGUUCCGUGCUGACAUUGAUGCUACAAGAGCUAAUCUAUUCAUUUCCAACAAGGCUGCAAUUUAUGACAUCAAAGUGGAUAACGACAACACUCUGGCCAUCACUCUCUCUAGUUUGGACUUCAAUUCAAAGGUUGAAGCUGGUGCAAGUGAAUAUGCCUCUUACAAUCAUGAUAUCACCUUCGGCCUGAAGCCUCACACUGCCACUGCAAAAAUCGACAACCACCUGAAACUCAUGGAAGCCAGUUUUGAUAAUGAUGCAAUGCUAAAGGCAGAGCUUUACAAGAUUGACCUGACUGGAAACAUGAAGGCCCUAUAUGGAGGAGAGGAAAUAGUGCACACGUACCAGAUUAAUUAUGCAGAUCUAAGCACAAAUGCAAAGUGCAGCACCUCUGGAAAAUUGUUUGGCACUCACAUGAACCACAAUACCGAGCUUGAAAUUGUUGGCCUUGCGGCAAAGUUUAGCAGCGAUGCUCGCUUUAACUCACAGCCGAUUCGCUUUGACCACACCGUGCGUUGCAAUUUUGUUCCUUUUGAUUUCAACCUUGAUGCCAUGUUCAAUGGCGAUGGAGACAUUACCAUCUACGGAAAGCACAGUGCCCAGCUUUAUAGCAAGUUCCUUCUCAGAGCACAACCCUUGGCUUUCAUCAGCUCCCAUGAAUGCAGGGCAUCAAUGAACCAUAAGCUAGAUAAUGGUUUUACCUUUGAAACCACAUAUGAUAACAACAUAAAUACUGUUCUGUCUCCCCAGGAGCAAAAGACAGGUUUUAGAAUUAAAUCUAAAAUGAAUGAGCACGAAUUUAAUCAUGGGAUUGAGAUUUACAACGUUCAGGAGAGAGCUGGAAUUGAGGUUCAUGGCACCAUCCGUACAAACAUUGUUAACACAGGCUCAACAGAGAACCAAGAUUUCACCAUAUCUGGCUUCCUCAAGUAUGACAAAAACACACAUAGCCAUAGCAUUCAUGUCCCUCUGAUUGAAAGUCUGCCUGUCUUCAUGGAGAGCUUCAAGGAAUUGGCUGUGGUUGUAGCAGAAUCUCUGAAAGAUUUCCUCAACAACAACGAGUUGAGGACAAAACUUGAGGCUCUUCCCCAGGAAGUAAGUCAAAUUAUUUCCCAAAUUAAUCUAGAAGAAAAGGUAAAUACACUGAAGCAGCUUUUUAACGAUUUCAACCAAAAUUUUGUCAUUACCAGAGAGAACAUUGAUAACGUUUUGAAAAGUCUGAGAGAUGCCGUUCAGAUAAUACUGAGCAACCUCUCCUCUUUCAUCCAAAGCUUCGUUGACUUAGGUACCAGUUUCCUUGAAAACUUUAAAGUGGAGAUAAAAGAUGUCUUGGAAGCUAUGAAUGAACUCAAAACUCCAGUUGUUAAUGUGAUUGAAACCAUAAGUGAAUUCAUCCAAGAGAUUGACCUUGAAAAACUUAAGGGCAGUAGUAUUGAAUUCCUGUACGAUAUUGAAGCUCAAUAUCUGGUUAAAGCUAAAGUACAGACCAUCAUGACUAAAGUUAAAGAUACAGUUGACACGUUUGACUUCUCAGACCUAGAAUCAUUAUUUUCACCUUGGGAACUCAAACACAUGAUUAAUAGUCUGGUGAAUAGGUUUCCAGUAGACAUACUUGAGGAAGUAAUAGACAGGAUUAAGCUUCUGAUUCAUGACUUAGACCUCAUUGGCAAAAUCAACACAUUUUUUGCUAAGAUGAAGGAUUGGGCUCUACAGGUUGGGGUGGACAAAAAGGUUCAGGCUCUCUUAGAAAAAACAGCAGACUUUAUUAAACAGCUCAGAUAUCAGGAAACCAUCCAGGCUGCAGUACAAAUUGUGAAGGAUUCUGACAUUCUUAACAGAUUCAUGGAAAUCUUCCAAGGUGCUAUUGACUAUUUUAAAACAACUGAGGUUAAAGAUAUCAUUGAACAGUUGAACAUGUAUAUUGAAACCAUGGUGCAAAAGCUAAAGUCCAUCAACUACAAUGACAUUGUGAACUACACCAAUCAAAUUAUUGAAGAGUACAGAAUAUAUGUGAAUGAGAUUAUCAAGACUCUCAAAGUUUCUGAGAAACUUGAGGCAGCACGAGAAUUUGCCAAUACGUUAAUAUCAUCUAUCCGAGACUUUAUGGAGCAUCUGAGAAAGAUGAAAGUUGCAACAAUUUUUAAAUCUGCAACAGAUAUCUAUGAACAUGUUAUUUGUGAUACCAUAAAGACAUUUGCUGAAUACACAAAAGAGAAAAUCAGAAAUCUGGACAUUGAAAACCAACUUUCCGAUAGUUUGAACAUAUUUAGGUUCUUCUAUGGAAUCAACCUAGAAAUUAUCACAGACAUGAUAAGGGAGGUUCUUACCAUGAUAAAUGAGUUUAUACCUGAUGUAAAAAUCAUUAGUGAGGUUUCGCAGAUCAUUGAAGGUAUUAUAAAAGAAGUGAGAAAAUCUGAAAUUAAUUUGCCCUCCUUCACCUUUCCUCUCACAGAUCUUGUUGUGCCCUCCAUUAAGCUUAAUAAUUUGCGACGGAUCAAUGUUCCAACAGAACUUGACAUCCCUGAGUUUACCAUCAUGGGCAUGUACACUGUGAGAGCUUUCACUCUUUCCUUUGAUAGUAUUAAGCAGAAGAUCAUCGAACUUAUUGAUUUGAUUGUGAACCUUGAAAUCAAACUGCCUGAUCCAGAUGUGUUCUUCGGAGACCUGACUUUGAAUUACCUUCCUACCCUUCCUGAGAUAAUUUUGCCAGAAAUCCCUCUUUUUGAAGUCACAUUCCCUAGCAUCCCACAAAUAGAUGCAGAAACGUUUACUAAAGCUCUGGAGAUUCCAGAGUUCAAGCUGCCAACUAUUCCAAAGGAGAUAAUGCUUCCAUGCUUUGGCAAACUUUACGGUGAGAUUAAAUUUCUCUCUCCCAUCUACACCAUCAAGACAUCUGCUGAGUUCCUGAACUCCACUGAGAAUAAGAUGUCACCUUUAUUCACUGGAUCCUUUAGUUCUCAGGGCACGUCUCCCAGUUUGGAAAUUCUUAAUUACAAGCUUGACACCAAUGCUCGCAUCGCAGUCCCAAAAAUGAAACGUAUUGUCGUUGCAGAAACUUUAACAUUCACCCACACUGCCCUAGGACUUGAACACCAGGCAUCUGUGACUCUGUAUGGUAGUUCGGCACAAGCCCAAGCAAAGACCACAGUUAAGAUUGUUACUGCACCUUACUCAGCCAACCUGAUGAACACAGCCUUUAUUGCAGUAGCAGGGGGUGUGACCUCCAAUGUUGAAACAUCUUACACUCAUGUUGUAAAAUUCCCAUCUGUUGAUAUUUCAAGUGAAGUUACUGCAAAGCAGAAGUCAGUUGUACGACAAAAUGGCCUAAAUUUGAAUUUUGAAGUAGAUAGUACAGGAAAAGGGAAAAUCAAUGACCAUAACUGCAACCACAAGAGCAAGUUGGAUCUUUCUCUCAAUCCAAAGUCUGCUAGCCUCUCCUUCACUGGUGACACAGAGUCUGAAAUGCUAAAAUUUAAACAUAUUAUUACAGCGGAAUCUGGCACUUUUAGCUACUUUAAGUUUAAUGUCCAGAAUGAGGCAGAGGCACCAUUCAUCAAGAGUAGUCAUCUUGUGGCAUCUGGACUUGCCAACCUUCAUGAUAUGAAGAUUGAGAUGAAAGCAAACCAUGAAACUGAACUGCACGGUGCAGACAACGGAGUAGUCUUUAAUGUCGUCAACUUCAAGACCCACCUUGGUGAAUUUUUCUUUGAAAGCCAAAACAAAGCAAAUGCCAAGGUCAACAUUUUUAAAUCACUGAAUGCAAAGAUAGAGCUGCAGAAUGAUUACUUGGUCAGCUUAAGACCAGACUUCCAAAAGGUGAAUGCAGUCUUCCUUACUCGUCUCAAUCAGUACAAAAUGUUCUCUAACUUCACUGUGGACAACAGUAGAAACCAUGCUGGUCUCAUUGUUGAAACGGAAGGUCAGGCUGAUCUGUUUUUCCUGGAAUACCCAAUUAGCAUUCCUGAGAUUGACCUACCCUUAGUUGACAUCCAUACUCCACCUAUCAAAGAUUUGAACUUGUUUGAGACGACUGGGCUCAAAAAGAUUUUGUCUACCACUGAGCAGACUGUUAACAUGGCUGCCAAGAUCAUUUACCUGAAAAGCAACACUGCCCCACUUUUUGAUGUGAUGGGUCUGAUUCAGAUCCCCUCCAUGGGUAAACUGAAUUCAGAGGUUUCUUUCAAGUCUGCUAUCAUAAACCUAAAUGCUGAGACUUUGCUUUUUGCUGCAGAUGAUCUUGUGCUCCGCCUAGGAGCUACCACUACCUCUGUGUUUGAAGGUCUAAACACAAAACUCAAAGGCUCUACCAGUCUAUCCACCAAGAGAGGAACUAAGAUAGCCAACUCCCUCUCCCUUGAAAACCGUCACAUUAAAGCCACUCAUGACAGUACCUAUAGCAUGAGCACUAUCUCUGUAUCCACAUCAUCAAAUAUUACCCUACCUAUACUCAACCUGGAAGGAAGCCAAAAUCUGAUUGCAAAUACCGAGUCCAAACCAAAUGUACUGUCUACGCUGAAGCUAAAAGGUGAUUUCAACAUCCCUAUGAUAAAAGCUGUCGGAAAUGUUGAGGCAGAGCACAGUGUAAAAGUGGAAGGAGACGUUGAGCAUCUUUCAGUGGAGUCAUCCAUUAAGUCAAGCAUGGACAGCAAAGCGUUAGAAAACUAUCUGGUUUCAGGAGCUCUGCUCAAUGACGCCAAUGUGUACCUAAACUCAAACAUUGCCCGCUCUACUUGCACAAUAACUGCCGAUGCAAAGCUUGAUCAUGGCACCACCAAAGUCAUUGGUAUGAAUCUGAACCACCAGCUGGCUGCUGAAGCUACAGUGGACCGCUUUUUUGCGGAACUUACUCAUUUAAGCAACAAUGAGGCAAACUUGUUCAGCUUCAAAACUGAGGGAAAGUACAGAGCCAGGGCAACUAUUGACUUUGGACCAUCUUCGCUGAAAGCUGAUGUUGAGUAUAAUAUAACUCAGCCAAGCAGCCUGGGUGACUUUGCUUUCCAUGAAAAGACAUUUGCUGAAGUGAACCCUUCCAACUUGAAGAUCUCUACAAAUGUGAAGUUUGUCAGCCCGAUGUACAUCACAAGCAUGGUUGCUGCAGUAGAGGGCAGUGCCCCUGUCCUAAAGAUAACAUUUAAGUCCUCUGCCACCUCUUCAAUUGUGGUUUUGGAAUAUGACAUGGAGGGUUCCACCACUGUAAACUUUGAGAAUGACCUCCUGAACAUGAUCAGCAAGCUUGACCUGACGCAUUCUGACCUGACCAUGAAUGUCAACCAUGCAAUUGUUCAAGCUUUGAGGCGAAAACGUCAAGCUGAUGACAGUGCCCAUCAACAUCAGCUAAAUAUCGACAUCAACAGUCCUACUUUCACUGAUCUGAACCUGCGCUAUGCUGCACAGAGAGAUGGUUUGAGUGCCUCUGUUUCUACCCCAUCUGCCGGCUUCCUUGGCUUUCAGUUCAAUUGCAGAGACCCGUCCCAAAUGAGUGCUAGGUUCUAUGGCCGUUAUUCUACGGCCCCGACGACUGACGUGGACAUCUUGCUGGUCAGAUUUUCUAAGACAAACAUGCAAAUUGUCUACAACGUGAAGGCCCCUGAGGACAUGAUUGCAGAGUUCAAGACAAGAAUCCCCUCAAUGAUGUCUUCUUUUAAAACAUUUGAUGACAAGUACCAGAUCGCAAGCAGCAUGGGGAUGCUGCAGCAAUCUAUCAUUAACCAUGUCAACGAAGCCUAUAAGAUCGCAGUCAGCUAUGAUGUUCAAAUGAGUCAGGUAUCCAUAUUCUUUAGGAACACGAUAGUACGGUACCAAAAAAAUGUUGAGAAAUUCCUCAAUGCUGUCAUCAACCUUUUGAGAGAGACCCACUUCAAACUGCCUGGGUCUGAUGAGCUGAUUACUCUUCCUAAACUUCUAAAGAAGCUGACGGACAGCAUUGCUAGUACUCUGGAUGUAACUCUUCAGUUUAUCCAUGAGAACAUGGGAGUGUACUAUGACUAUUUUCAUGAGACGAUUAGCAAUGUCGAACUGCAGCUGCCAAGUGAUGAGGUGAUUACUGGAAAGGAGAUAAUCAAUCAGGUCAAAAAGAUCUAUGAUGACGUUGUAGAUUUUGUGAAAAACAUGGAGAGUCUUGACACGAUGCUGGCAAGGUUAGAUGAUACCCUGAAGGCUGUGGUUGAGAAAACGCAGGAAUUUGUUGAUUCUAUCAAGUCAGACUAUUUAGAUGCAGUGUUCACCACCUUGAAUGACAUCUACAAGGAGGUUAUAACCUCAGUUAAGCAAGUGGUGGACCAGAUCCCUCCCUUUAACUUGGAUGAAAUCAGCAAACUGUGCGAGUCUAUCAUGGACAGGAUAAUUGAAAAAAUAGAACAAUUCAACAACGGAGUUUUUGGUUUUGUGCAGCAAACUUCAGAAGAGGUACAAGCCUACAUGACAACAAGAGAUGGCAAGCUUGAGGUCAAUCUUCCUUUUCAUUUCCAGGAUUAAACAUCCCACCUAGACAAAAAACAAAGUAUGCAGUUCAUGUUACAAUCUGUUCAGCAUGCAUGUUCGGGAAGUGUGUAAACAAUUCAACAGUAUUUAUGUGUGUUUUAUAGAAACACCUGUCACAUCCAUUUAAUUAAAAAAACUGUAUAAAUUCUGGACUUGUGUUAUUUUACUGGAACUGAAGCUAAAAAAUAAAAGCCGGUAUUACAACAGUUAA